ACGAAAAGAAGGAGGAGCGCGCAAGGGAGGUGGACCGCAUGGCGCGCGCCGCCGACGAGGUGCAGGACCGCCUGCGCAGGCAGCACUCCGAGGCGCUGCUGCACCAGGAGCUGGAGGCGAUCGCCCGGUCUCGUUCACAUUUGUCUUCGCCCCCGCGGCAACACCGUACUGAGAGCCAGCUAACGGAGCCGCCGACGUAUGAGGAGGCGUUGCUGAUGGCGCGAUCUGUGGAGGAACUGGCCGAGAGGAAUGCCGCAGCUGCGCAGGCGCAGACCAUGACGCACGUACCGAGGCGGCCUAGCAGCAGCAGCAGCAGCAGCAGCGGCAGCAGGGGGGACAGCCUCAACCUCAGUGGCGACGACGACGGCCAAUAUGCCAGAGCUGCUGGCUGGAGCGAGCCGUCGGGUCGCCGUCACCGAGAAGAUAGUGAAGGCUCUCUCUCGGCUAGUGACAGUGCUGGUGACGUCUAUAGACACUCGGAGGAUCCCUCCGCGAAGCGCGGACCUAUCCCGGGAAGCCCUGGAAGCAGCUCCAGUAGUUCCGCACACAGCUUCGUUGCCACCGCCGGUACCAGUUCUGAUGACGAGGCUAAGGCCACUCGGUCAUCCGCUGCAAGGGCACUGAACCACAGACGCUCUUAGCUUCGAAAAUAGCUGUAUGCCUCUGCUAGAGCUACAAUCCAGUGAGAACUUUGGCGGACAUGUAUAUUGGUGAUAAAUCGGUCGUCAUUGCCGGAAAGAAAAUUAUCUCAGGUGCACAUCAAAAAUACGUAGCCAGUUUUUUCCUCACUUGCUCAGAAGAUUCAACGACGCAAAACAGCAAGCUCUUUGUUCAGCUUCUUCGAAUUUUCUGAGUAACUCGCGUGAAAUCCAGGCGAUCUCACAAUCGCUCAACAUCAGUUAUUGGGCUGUGGGUCCCGUGUAGUAACAGUGCAAGAAGCCUGUUUCGACUACCUACCUAGCCCCUUAUCAGUACAAAAGCGGGUGGCAUCGGAUGAAGCCAAGGAACUGGCUUAAUCUCGUUUGAAUCAUAGAAUUGAUUCUCGAAAUGUCACCUACUCACUUUAGUGCAGAGUGUAUGAAAAGCGCCGUAGCACGGAAUGUAAUUGUCUUCGUCUAUUAUAGCGAAGUUAACUACUUUUUUGUGGACAUGGACAUCCGGAGAAAUUUAUUCAGAAGGGGGGCGGGGGCGGUGGUCAAUCCUCUAAAAUAGCCAUUUAUGACACAAAUGAGUUGAUCAGUUUGGAGACGUGGCAGUCCAAAAGAGCUAAAUCUUAUAGACCUAGACGACUGAAAAACUUAUUAUACACAAGAGAACUUAUAGCUCAGUAUGUGAAUAAAAACUCUGUACU